AUGGGAAAGGGUGAACCUCCAAGGGUAUCAGCCAAUCAGCCAUUUUGGAUUCGAUUACGGGGAUGGUUAUUUUGUGUUUUCACGUUGAUCUCUGCUCUACUUGGAACAAUUUUCAUAAUUACUCCUCUGCUUCCUCUUAUGUAUUUCAAGCCACGACUUUGGCGGAAAUGUAUGGAUCGUCUUGUCGGAGUUUGGGUGGUGAUGCCUGGAGUGAGUUUCUUCGAUGACUUCAAUUAA